AGUUCCAACUUCCAAGCUUGUUUGUGUGUAAUAUUUAUAAUAUAAAUAAUUACAUUGUAUUUUUUAAUGUGACAGACAGAGUAAUAUGCUACUUUUGAGCUAAUAUUAUACACAUACUUAGAAAUAUAGUAUGUUGUAAUGUAAUAACAACUUAGCAGAUCGUCAUGGAAACAUUGGAACAAAAAUUGAAUGAAAUAUCAAUAUCAAAGAAUUUAGAUUUUGAUUCAUCACAUAAUGUUCUAAUGACCCACAUUAUUGAUCCAGGAGACUUCUAUGUGCGCCUAACUAGAUACACACCAUUAAUUGACGAAAUUGAAAACUUGAAAAAUUUAGUCAAACCUACUGCAGUGAGAAUAGGGCAAAUUAUUAUUUUUGACUUUAAAUCUACAAAUGGAACAAAAUUUGCUCGAGGUCGGGUUAUAAGUGCAGCUGAUAACAGUUUCUGUGUAUAUGCUGUAGAUUAUGGCUUCUAUGAAGAAUCUGUGCAUGUGGAUCAUAUAUGGAAAUGCCAUGAAAUAUUAUUGCUCUCUGUAGCUCCUGAAAUGGCUAUCAACUGUCAGCUCAGUGAAUGUGCAAAAACAGGAGAAGAAACUUGGAUUAGUGCUACUAAAAUAUUUAAAAAAGAAGCAGAUGGACGCCCAGCUAAGUUGACUAUACACGGGCAAAAUUCAGAAAAACUGGUUGUGAACCUUUUAAUUGAUGGAUGGAAUGACAUCGCACUUCAUCUAACUUUGUUAGAUCUAACCUUUUUAUGUCUCGUGGGAAAGCAAAAUACUGCAAACACAUCACAAAAGUUUGAUGCUGUAAAACCAAAAGUGUCACCCUCUUACAAAUUUAAUGACUUAAAAGUCAAUGUGCCCAUGCAUGUGAGGGUGGUAUCAGGCAAAUUGCUCAAAGAUUUUUAUGUUGCUGAAAUAAAUGAUUAUCAAGAAUACAUGGAAUGGCGGAAAGAUAUUACACCCUAUUCAAAAAAAGAAUCUAAAGUUGUGGAGCACGGCCCAGUUAGAAUUGGCACUGCUGUCAGUGUCUGGCAAAAUUUUGGAUAUGAAAGAGGAAUAGUUCAAGAAGUACAAGAGUCUAAUAGGAUUUUAGUACAUUUGGUUGACUCUGGCAAAAAUGAAAAUGUACAUGUGGACAGUUUGAAAACAUUGCCAACACAGUUAUUAAAUAAACCAGUUUUAGCAAUGCAUUGUUCCAUCCUCUCUGACUUGGAAGUGAAUAUACCCAGGUUUCUUAUUCCUGGUAAUGAUUUUGUUAUUAAAAUAAAAGAAAUUGGAUGUGGGUUUGAAAGUCCUCAUAUAGUGGAGUGGAUAAGGCACUAGUUUCAUUAUUUUUUCAAACUGAUUUUAAAUGAUAUGACAUGACCUUGAAUAAAGAUAUUAUAAUGAACUUUCUAAAAAUUGUA